AUGCCGGAGGUGGAGGAGGAGUUCCUGCACGCUGUGGAAUUUGGUGACGUAACACUGGUCAAAGCUCUGCUAGAGGAGUUCCCAAAUCUAAAUGUGGACUGUACCGACGCGCUGGGCAGAACACCACUUCGUCUGGCUGUCAAAAACGAAAACAAAGAGAUGGUUGAAAUACUGUUGUGCCAUUCCAACCCUGAGAACAUGCACGAAGCGCUGCUACAGGCCAUCGACUCUGGCUAUACCAACAUAGCGGAAGUGACCCUUAGACAUCCCAACUAUUUGGAAGUCUUCAAGAGAAUGAGGCGGAUGG